AUGACCACGCCACCGCUGCUCCGCGCCUCGGCCUUGGACAUUUGGUCGCUCGGUAUCGCGAUCGUAAUUGGCGGCCAGUAUUUUUCGUGGAACGCGGGCCUUACGGCCGGCGUCGCCAGCAACGCGGUCGCACUCGCACUCAUGGGCUCGGCAUACGUUUGCCUCGUGCUCAGCAUCGCCGAGAUGACGUCGACGCUGCCUUUUGCCGGCGGUGCGUACGGCCUCAGUCGGUGCUGCCUCGGGUACUAUUCGGGCUUCAUCAUUGGCUGCUGCGAGGUCUUCGAGUACAUUGCGUACGUGAGCAGCAGCGUGCUCACGCUCGGCCAGAUGCUGCAGAUCGUUUUUCCAGUGCUUUCGGACGCGUAUCUGCCGCUCGUGUGGCUAGCAAUCUACGUCCUCGCAGUGACCAUCCACAUCCGCGGCGGGCAACUCUUUUGGCCGCUCGUGCGCGCCCUCGCGUUCCUCUCACUCGGCGUCCUUCUGCUCUACUGUGUCGGGUCGUUUUCGCUCGUUCGCUUCGACGUGUAUGCAGGCAGCGCAACCAUUGGCGGCGCCUACCGCUUCUUCGCCACCAUGCCGCUGGCCGCGUGGUUCUUUGUCGGAGUCGAGUCGCUCAACACGCUCGCCAAUACGAUCCAAGACCCCAAGAGCGUGAUUCCCCGCGGCCAAAUAUCGUGCGUUCUCACCUUGUGUUGCACGGGCAUCACCGUCUUCUUU